CAGUAUGGAGCGUAGGAAAUAUACGUAUACGUAGAGUCUGUCAAACGAAAUACACAGUUUAUUAUUUGGGAAUGACGACAGAGGAGGCAUUUCCACCGAUCAUUAGGUUCCAGGCUGACGACACGACAGCAUUUCUUCGUGCUGCUCGGUCCGGGAACCUCGAAAAAGUGAUCGAAUUCCUCGAUACCGACUUAGAUAUUAAUACAGCUAAUUCGAAUGGUUUAAAUGCUUUACAUUUAGCAUCGAAAGAUGGCCAUGUUGAAAUAGUAACAGAAUUGUUAAAAAGGGGUGCUAAGGUGGAUGCAGCUACAAAGAAAGGAAACACUGCGCUGCACAUAGCUUCGCUCGCCGGCCAAGCGGAAAUAGUAAAUAUUCUAAUUCAAUAUGGUGCUGCGGUUAAUAUUCAGUCUCAAAAUGGUUUUACACCUUUAUACAUGGCCGCCCAAGAAAACCACGAUCAAGUCGUUAAGUUGUUGCUCAGUAAUGGAGCUAAUCAAAGUCUUGCUACAGAGGACGGAUUUACACCUCUUGCCGUAGCAAUGCAACAGGGACACGAUAAAGUUGUCAGCGUUCUUUUAGAAAAUGAUUCUAAGGGAAAAGUUAGACUACCAGCACUUCAUAUUGCGGCUAAGAAAGAUGACUGUAAAGCUGCUGAUCUGCUAUUGCAGAAUGAUCAUAAACCUGAUGUUACAUCGAAAAGUGGUUUUACACCGCUACAUAUCGCCGCUCAUUAUGGAAACGAAGAGAUAGCACGUUUAUUAAUAAAACGUGGCGCUGACGUGAAUUAUUUAGCGAAGCACAAUAUAAGCCCUUUACAUGUAGCGGCGAAGUGGGGUAAAAACAACAUGGUCAAAGUAUUAUUAGAAAAUUCUGCGCAAAUCGAUGCUAAAACUAGGGAUGGUUUAACACCUUUACAUUGUGCAGCAAGAUCUGGUCAUGAACAAGUGAUCACUACACUUCUCGAAGAUUCUGCACCUAUCAGUGCACGGACGAAAAAUGGUCUUGCACCACUGCACAUGGCAUCGCAAGGAGAUCAUGUGGAUGCAGCAAGGGUAUUAUUAUAUCAUCGAGCGCCAGUUGACGAAGUUACGAUCGAUUAUUUAACGUCUCUUCAUGUUGCCGCACACUGCGGGCAUGUCAGAGUUGCAAAGCUACUUCUGGACCGAAAAGCUGAUCCGAAUGCACGCGCUUUAAAUGGCUUCACACCGCUGCAUAUUGCUUGCAAAAAGAAUCGAAUAAAAGUCGUCGAGCUCCUAUUAAAACACGGAGCAUCGAUCGAAUCUACCACCGAGUCUGGACUGACUCCAUUACAUGUGGCCAGUUUUAUGGGAUGUAUGAAUAUCGUGAUAUUCCUACUGCAACACGAAGCCAAUCCUGAUGUGCCAACUGUUAGGGGUGAAACACCUUUACAUCUGGCAGCUAGAGCUAAUCAGACAGACAUUAUUCGAAUUUUAUUGCGAAAUGGAGCCAAAGUUGAUGCUCGGGCAAGGGAACAACAAACACCUCUGCAUAUUGCAUCGCGAUUAGGAAAUAUUGAUAUUGUUAUGUUACUUCUGCAACAUGGUGCAGCAGUCGACACUACUACGAAAGAUAUGUACACAGCAUUGCAUAUCGCAGCGAAGGAAGGACAAGAGGAGGUGGCAACUCUCCUUGUGGAAAACAAUGCUUCUCUUAAGGCUACAACUAAAAAUGGUUUUACUCCUUUACAUAUCGCAGCUAAAUAUGGCAAUAUGAGCGUCGCAAACAUACUUCUGCAAAGGGAUAGCAAACUAGAUGCACAGGGAAAGAACGACAUUUCUCCGUUACAUUUGGCAUGCCACUAUGAUCACCCAAAUGUUGCAAAUCUUCUGUUAGAAAAAGGAGCAUCUCCUCAUCUGGUUUCACAAAAUGGACAUACUCCCCUACAUAUUGCUGCAAGGAAAAAUCAGAUGGAUAUUGCUUCUACUCUUUUGGAGAAUGGAGCGAAUGCAAAUGCCGAGUCUAAAGCAGGAUUUACACCUUUGCAUUUAAGUGCACAGAAAGGACAUUACGACAUGACGAAUUUGCUGAUUGAGCAUGGAGCUGAUCCCAAUCAUAAAUCAAAGAAUGGUCUCACUGCAUUGCAUCUGUGUGCUCAAGAAGAUUUCAUUAAGGUGGCGUCCAUUCUUGUGAAAAAUGGCGCGAACGUUGAAAGCGAAACUGAAACCGGCUAUCGACCUAUACACGUCGCGGCACAUUUUGGAAAUCUUUCGAUGAUUCGAUUCCUUUUGAAGCAUAACGCGAGUAUCGAUGUAAAAACAAAUCAGAAUUAUACUCCUCUACACCAAGCCGCCCAACAAGGUCAUGCUCAUAUCGUCAGUGCUUUGAUAGAAGGGAACGCCUCUCAUAAAGCACGAACCAAUGAUGGAUUAACAGCUUUAAAUAUAGCUCAAAAGUUAGGAUACAUAUCUGUAAUGGAGGUACUGAAGGGAUUGUCCUACGAUACGUUAGCACCUGAUAAUAAAAAUUGGGACGAGAAGUACAAAGUCAUUGCACCUGAAAGUUUGCAAGAAACUAGCUUCAUGUCUGACUCUGAUGACGAAGGAGGUUCAGAUGCAUUGAUCAGCGAACAGCCAUAUCGAUAUCUCACAGCGGAUUUGAUGAAAAGUCUAAGAGAUGAUUCUCUGCCUAUUGACGUUACACGAGAUGACCCGAUACACAGACAAGUCACGAAAGAAGAGAAACAGGACUUCACUCAAAGCAAUAAUUAUUGUCUAGCAGAAAACUUCGAUACCGAUGGAUUUAAUUUGGGAUUUUUGGUCAGUUUCUUGGUGGAUGCACGUGGAGGUGCCAUGAAGGGAUGUAGACACAGUGGUGUACGCAUUAUUGUACCACCACGAAGAGCAACAAUGCCAAUUCGCGUUACGUGUAGAUUGAUAAAACCUAAUAAAGUUGCAAAUCCUCCUCCUUUAAUGGAGGGAGAGGCUUUAGCGACCAGAAUCAUAGAAAUGGGACCAAUUGGUGCAACGUUUCUAGGCCCUGUUUUAAUUGAUAUACCACAUUUCGCAUCUAUUCGAGGCAAGGAACGAGAAAUUAUUAUUCUCAGAAGUGAGAAUGGAGAAACUUGGAAAGAGCAUGAUAAUUCUGCCGAUAAUGAUACUACAUUAUUAAAUACUCCUCAUGAUCCACAAAUGAGUGCUGCUCAUUCCGGCAGGAUUACUCGUAUAAUAACGACAGAUUUUCCUCAGUACUUUGCUAUUAUCACGAGAAUUAAGCAGGAGGUUCAUGUAAUCGGUGCUGAAGGGGGAAUUUUAACAUCGAGUGUGGCUAACGACGUCCAAGCUGUUUUCCCACCAGGUGCAUUAACGAAGAAAAUUAAAGUUGGAUUGCAAGCUCACGUGAUUCCAGCAGAGCUUACAGCAAAAUUAUUAGGAAAUUGUGUAGCCGUAUCUCCUGUAAUAACAAUCGAGCCAAGAAGACGAAAGUUUCAUAAACCAAUUACUCUUACGAUACCUGUGCCACAAGCUGCGAAUAAAGGGAUGAUUAAUCAAUAUGGCGGCGAAACACCAACGUUACGUCUUCUAUGUAGUAUUGCAGGUGGUACGAGUGAAUCACAGUGGGAAGAUGUAACCGGUUCAACACCUUUAACCUUUAUGAACGACACGGUGUCUUUCACCACUACUGUGUCUGCUCGAUUUUGGUUAAUGGAUUGCCGAAAUAUAGGCGCGGUUCCAAAAAUGGCAACCGAGCUUUAUGAAGAAUCGUUAUUUGUGCCGUAUAUUACGAACUUUGUAAUAUAUUCCAAACGAAUGGACGUACUCGAAGCAACGUUAAGAAUAUUGUGUAUGACCGAUGGGAAGGAAGGGAUGCACACCUUGGAAAGGCAAGAGGAAUUUGUCGAAAUUGUAAAAAGCCGUGAUGUUGAAGCACUCGAUGGGAAAGAUCUAUAUAUUGAAUUCAGUGGAAAUUUAGUACCUGUGACGAAAUCGGGUGUACAAUUGAAAUUUACUUUUAAAGCUUUUCGUCAAAAUCGCUUAUCGUUCCACGUGAAAGUGAAAGAUCCUUUGUUAGAUCCGGUGGCUAGGAUGUUGUUUAUGCGAGAACCGAAAGUCGCGAAAGGGGAACCCCCUCAACAACCAAUUUGCGUGUUAAAUAUUGUUCUUCCAGAAAUUACAACUAAGGUCGAAGUACAAAAGAAAUUGAAAGAUUACGAAGAUUCGAAUAUUAUUAGUCAAAAACUGGAAUCUUAUGAAUCGAAAUACAAGAUGGAACAAAAGGAAAAAGGUGACGAACCUAAGGAUAUUUCGCCUUCAAAAAAGAAAUUUAUUACCGACACCUUGCAAAAGGAACGAACAGAUGCUGUCACUAUCCACGAAUUCCUUGCGCAAAAAGCGGCUUGUUCCCUAGAAUCUGUAGAUGCUAGUUAUCCCAGUAAAGUAGUCGAGCAAGAGCAAGACUUGUCACCCAGUGUCGAGAGACAAACCUAUUCAGAGAAGAGGAAAUUCUGGGAGGAUAUUUCGAAGAAACGAGAAAGUUAUCAACGAUCAGAAUCCGAAGUAUCAAGAACGUCGCAGUUAACGAUAAAUGAAAGUGAUAGUGAGUAUAUACAGAAUGUUAUCACAGAGGAUACAGCAGACAUUGUUCAGCAGAUUGACAAGUCUGAGACGUUAGAAGAUCUAAACGUACCUGAUAUUUCCGAAUGUUCAGUAGCAGAAAAGGCUCAGUACUUUGAGGAACAAAUACAAAAAGAAACUACAAAACUUCCGUCUAAGACAAGUCAACAAGAUACGUUAAAAUCUGAAAAAGAGAAAGUAGUAAAAACUAAAAUAAGUGAGAAAGAAAAGCUAGAUAAAGAUGAGAAAUAUGUAACUGAAUUGGAAGAAACUAAAAUGAUAGAAGAAACAAAGGAAGCUGUUAUCUUAGAAACAGAAGAAAAAAGAAUUUUUGAACGAAAAGAAAUGAUGAAAUUGUCUUCUGAGGAUGAGAAAGAAAAAGAUGAAAGUAAACAAAUUUAUACGGAAGUAAGCGAUGUAACUGUAAUCUCUGUUUCUAAGAAAGAAUUAAGCAAAGAAGAAGAUUUCGCGAAACCUGAUAAAAUUAAGACUGAAAAACCAGUUAAACCUGAAAAAUUAGAAUUGGUAAAAGAUCAAUUAGUUGAAUUAAAAGUUGAACAUGUUACAGAGAAGGAGGAUGAAACAGUUGUUAUCGGUAAAGUACCUGUACAAGAUAUUAUAAAAGAUGUAAAGAUAGAAAAGGAAGACAUACAAAAGUCAAUUAUGGAAUUAAGCACAAAAGAGAUAAAAGAUAUAGAAGAAGAACAUAAAGAUGUUCUGGAAUCUGCACAAAUAAGUGCACAACAAAUAAAGGAGAGUAUAGAAGAGAAAGAAAAAGUAUUGGAAGUAUCCAAAGCAGAAAUAGAUGCAUAUGAAGAUACCAUAAAGGAAUCUAUGGAAGAAACAGAAAAGAAAGUGGUGAAAUCUAUACCAGAAGUAAAGAAAAAAGAAGAAGAUAUGAAGGAAAGUAUAGAACAAAAGAAAGCAGAAGAGCAAAAAUCUAUUUCAGAAAUUAGUACACAAGGAAAGGUUAUAAAAGAAAGUAUAGAAGAAAAACAAGAAAAAGUACAAAAGACUGUUAUAAAAGUAAGUGCAGAGAAAGAAAAAGUCAAAGAAACCAUAGAAGAAAAAGAAAAAGAAGUGCAAAAAUUUGUUACAGAAAUCAGUUUACCGGAUACUGGUAAAGAAAGUGUAGAUCAAAGAGAAAAACAAGAUACUGUUACAGAAAUAACUAUAAAAGAAGAAAGUAUAAAAGAAGAUGGAGAAAAAAAAGAACAGGUACAGAAAGAUGCAGUAGAACUGAGUGCAGAGCAGAAGCAUAUACAGGAUAUCGAAAAAAAACAAAAACAAAUACAAAAAUCUAUUAUAGAAAUAGAAAAGAAGGACAUUGAAGAUAAACAUGAAGAAUUGCAAGUGGCAAUGGAACCCAUGAAGAAAAUACAAAAGGAAGUGCAAGAGCUUGUUACAGAAAUAAAAUUACAAGAUGUAAUUACAGAAUCAGAAAUUAAACAGAAAGAAGCACAAGAAUUCUCUCUAAAACCAAGUGCACCAGAUGAUAUUGCUAAACAUGUAGAAAAACAGGAGAAAGAAAUAAAAGAUGUUGUUACAGAUAUAGUAGUGCGAGAAAGAGUUGGAACGCCGGAAAUAAGAAAGGAAGAUAUCAUUAGAGAAAAAUCGAGUGGAAGGCGUAUUAUAACAGAAGAAACUACUAUUAUUUACAAAGUACAGAAAGAUGGGACUCUGGUACAGGAACAAGUAUUGAAAUCUGUUCAAGUAGAAGGAGGAAGUGAUGUGUUAGGUGCACUAGCUCAUAUUCCUGAGCAUAGAAUUGAAACAAAAAGAAUAGAAUCAAUCACUGAUAUUAAACCUAAAAUUACUUUUUCAGCGGAUAUUAAAAAGGAGAUGCAGAAGUUUCUUGAAGGAGAAAAGAAAACAGAAAGUGAAGUCACAGACAAGGUUAUGGAAGAAGUGAUACCAGUUGAAAAGGAACAACCGGAGAAAGUAUCUUUUGUUCCAGAAUCUACGUAUAAAGAACCAGAAAUAAAAGAAAAAGAAGAGGAAUCACAAAAAGAAGAAAAGGAAGAAAGUGUAAUUGAUAAAAAAACAGUAACUGAACUUGAAGCCAAACAUAUUAAGAAGGAAUUUGAGUCUCGUAUUCCUAUUUCAACAACAAAGAUAGAUAAAGAUAAAGUUCAAAAGGAAACAAAACCUAAAGGCACAGCAGAAAUAAAACUUCCUAUUAAACUUGAAACUGAAAAAGAAAUAAGUAUAGAAGAACAGGAUAUUUCACCAACAACGAAAAAGAAAGAAUUCGAAUCCCGAAUUCCAAAACGUGUCAUAGAUGUUAAAACAACGCCAGAUAAGCCUGGAAAGAAGGAUAUGCAUAUUAAAAAAGAAAGUGAAUCGUAUACAAUAACGGAAAAGAAAUCAAGCGAAGAAGUAACCUCAAAAUUGGAGGAGCAUUUAACUACUAAAAGUGAAACGCAAACGUUCUCCAAAACCUUCACUGAUCCUCAAGAAGCUUUUAAAAUGUUCGAGGAUAUGGAUAGAGCCAAAACUGAGUUUGCAACAGUCACCUCCAAGAUUGACCAUAAAACUUCAACUAUGCUGGAGCAGAAGGAAGUGGUAUCUUCAGAAAUUUCCAGUGGUACAGACAAGGUUAUCACGCUUGAGGAAAAGCAACAUGUAGAGAAGAAGAAAUCGUCGGAGUCGCAAUUGAAGAAAGAAUCACCGACUGAAAUGUUGGAAGAGAAAAAAAGCAAGCGCGAGGAAUUAGACAAAACUGCAACUCAAAAGAUGUCGAUGAAUUUGACAGACACGCAAGAGGUAAUAGACGCGUUUGCAUCUGAAUCAAGAGCUGAAACGAAGAAAGAAGAAAUAACUAAAAAAUUGUCUGACAAAGAGGGAGUCAUGACUCACAUGGCAGGUACUAGUAUAUUAAGAGAAAGCGAUGCUGAUGUAGCCAUUCGAAUAAAGAAAGACAUUCCUGAGAAAGGUGUUGAUAAAGAUGAUUUGAAAACAGUUGAAGGAGAGCCAGCAACGGAAAGGAUAUCCAAACCAGUCGUAGAUUCGGAUCACAUUGAGACACUUGCUCAAGGAGAGUCACAUAAGGAAACUAAAGAAAGUUUCGACAUUACUCAAUUUGUGCCAAGUGAAAAGAAACCAGAAGAAAAAGAUUUGUUGAAAGAAGAAAAACCGAGUGAAGUGAUAGAAGAAGAAGUACCACUGACAGAAAGUUUGGAAGAAAAACAGCGGCAGAAAUUUAAAGAAAUCGAAGCACGAACCAUAGCAGAAACGUUGAUUCAGUCGAUCGAAAGUGAAAUUGAAGCCAAAUCAGCAGCAGAUUUGAAGGCAGAGUUACUUAGUAAGGGAUAUUUGGAACAAAUUAUAAGCGAAAGCGUUGAAACGGAUCACGAAAAACUGGCUGAUGAUUUAACACGUAAAUUCGAAAGCAUCAUGAAGAUGUCGGUGGACCAGCAGAUGGUACCAUGUAAAGUAGAUCAAAGUUCAAUUGAAUCACCGAGACUAAGGUCUUCGAUACAGGAAGAAUCGCUAGAGAAGAGUUCUACCAGGGACAGUAUAAGCGUCAGUGAAGAUAUAACUAAAGAUGAAGAAACAUUUUCGCACGAGAAAGAUGAAAGCUUCCCUCUGUCAUCGUCACAAGCUAAACUACAAGAUAGAGAAAUUGCCAUGAGCCCUAGUACUAUAUCUGAACAGAUAGACUUCGAAGAAACUAUCGACGUUGAUACGAACGAACUGGAAAGUAUAUCGAAACCAACAUUAAGUCCACUAUCUGAGAUCCAACGAUCGACCAAAUCUAGCAGUCAAGUGGAUCUACAAAGAGAUUUCCAUAGCGACUUGAGUUUUCCUCAGGAUAAAAUUGUAUCUGAAAUUUCAGGUGCUAGAGUACUGGAAAUUCUUGAGCCUGGUAUGGACAGUCAAUCUAGAGAAGAUUCCGUUGAUGUGCCUUCUUUAGAAAUGGACGAAUAUAAAAUUUCCGAACAAACUAGUAGAGGGAUUCCAUCGUUACAUGAAAGCGCAGAAAUGGAUUCGUUUGAAAGGUUAGUUCAAGAACGGGAUAUAACUAUCAGUCCUAGUACCGUGUCAGAAGAUACAAAUAUAGAUUACUCUUUAGUACAAGAGUCUCUUCCUAUUUCGAUGCAAAGAGAACAUCCAAUGAUAAGCACGAGAAGAGCGGAUAGUUUUGAAAUUGAAAGUCCUCCACUAGUCUCUCCUAAACCGAAGGUUCGUGGGCUUGAGAUUAAACCUGUCGAUUGGAUGAUUGGUGACGAGAAAAUUGAAAUAUCGGAGACAUUACAGCCAUCUCAAAUUUUUAAUCAAGAAUUAGAGGCGUAUGAAUCGAUGAAGAAAAAGGAAAGAUUAUCUUCGUUGGAUGGAUCAACCGAUCUUGAACAGGAAUCCGGUACUAAAUCUUCUGAAGAUGUUAGUGUGAUAGAAUCGAUGAAAGAAACGAUCACAGAUGACGGUCGUGGUACUCCGUCGGUUGGCAAAAGUAAAUUUACUGUAAUUCCUGUUAGCGAACAAGAUUUUGAAAACGAAUUGGUGGAGAAGAGGUUAGAUAUAAGUUGUCAGGAAUUAGUUGACACGUUACAGCGUGAAUAUGAUGCAAAAACUCCUAUUAAAGAAUAUGUAGAAAGCAUUCAGCGAGAGAUAUCUAGAGAACAAAUCAUGGACCUGGAGAAACGUGAAGAAGAGUCUUUGCUAGUAGACAUAUGUACUCCUGAAGAAGGUACCGAAAUGGCAACAACUACUGCAGAUUUAUAUAUUGAGAAAUCUUCUGAGGAUCUAAGAAAAGAAAAAACGAUGAAAGAUGACGUGAUUAAAGAAGAAAAGAUUAAAGGUGAGGUAAUUAAAGACGAUGUGAUCAAGGAAAAAGCAAUUAAAGUUGAAGUUAUUAAAGAAGAAAAGAUUAAGGAUGAAGUGAUCAAGGACGAUGUGAGUAAAGAAGAAAAGAUUAAAGUUGAAGUGAUUAAAGAAGAAAAGAUUAAAGAUGAGGUGGUUAAAGACGAUGUAAUUAAAGAAGAAAAAAUUGAGGUUGAAGUGAUUAAGGACGAUGUGAUUAAAGAAAAACAGAUUAAGGAUGAGGUGAUUAAAGACGAUGUGAUUGAGGAAGAAAAGAUUAAAAUUGAAGUGAUUAAAGAAGAAAAGAUUAAGGAUGAGGUAAUUAAAGACGAUGUGAUCGAGAAAGAAAAGAUUAAAGUUGAAGUGAUUAAAGAAGAAAAGAUUAAGGAUAAGGUGAUUAAAGACGAUGUGAUUAAAGAAGUAAAGAUUAAAGAUGAGGUGGUUAAAGACGAUGUAAUUAAAGAAGAAAAAAUUAAGGUUGAAGUGGUUAAAGGAGAAAGGAUUAAGGUUGAGGUGAUUAAAGAUGAUGUGAGUAAAGAAGAAAAGAUUAAGGAUGAGGUGGUUAAAGACGACGUGAGUAAAGAAGAAAAGGCUAAGGUUAAGGUAAUUAAAGAUGAUGUGAGUAAAGAAGAAAAGAUUAAGGUUGAGUUGACUAAAGAAGAAACGAUUAAAGAUGAUGCGCUUAAAGAUGACACGAUUAAAGAUAAAUCUAAAAUUUCUAAAACUGAUCAAGAUAAACGGGAAGAAGCUGUUUCAAAGCCAGACAUUGAACUGAAACUAGAGAAGACAACGAAAUCGUUAAAGGAAAGCGAGAAGCCAGUGGAAGAAACAGCACAGGGGGCAACUGAGUCUGAUAAACCAGUAUGCAUAGAUGACGUAUUAAAGGAAUGGACGGAAGCUUAUCUGUCGAAAUUGAAACCCAUGAGCGACGAGUAUAAAAGGCAUAUGAAAAAAGCUGCAGAAAAACACGAUAAGCCUGGAAGAUCCACGACAGUUCCUUCCGACACUUGUGCCUUUAAAAUAAAAAGAGAUGAUCUCCCUAGUGUUGAUUUAAGUGCACGAUACGCUAUAACUGUUCUAGAUCAGGUAGUGAAAAAAGAAAUUGCCGAAGUGAAAGAGUCUUUAGAGGCAGCAAAACAAGACCUGAUAGAAGAGUUAAGCGAAAAUAGUGAAACUGUGAUUCAAAUUAAAGAUUCCCCUUCAGAGUUCCGGUUUAAACUACAACCUGAAUCCAUUCCGAACGAUUUACCAUUUUUAUACGCGCCAUCAUUUCCUGAACAAACUCACGAAUCAGAUACGGAAGCAAUAAAGAGCGAAUCUCCUAUCGAUAAAUCAAUGCCAUACGAAACAAAAGAUAGUACUGAAAGUAAAAUGGACGUAGAGGAAUCUACUUCCAGUAGUAUCGAAGAACCGGUAAAUCUAACACAAGGAGAUACACCUGUGAUUAAAACUGAAAAGUCUGACAUAGAGACUGCUCCAAUAACCGUCCAAGAAGAUUCAAAAGACGAUGAAGAAGAACAUCCUAGUCCUGUGCCUGCUAGUAUGUCAGGUUCAGAUAUAGACAAUAAAGAUGAAAGUUCUUCUUUGGCUUUGCCGCGUCCAGUACUCAGAAGACGACAGAAACCCGGUAGAAGUUCUAAACGUGUUACCUCUGAGAGUGAUGCGGAUCUUGGUUCUAGUUCCGGCGAAAGUAGUAAUUAUCAAUCUUGCGACUACGAGAUUGGUAGUGGUAGCCGACCUAGUUCUUCCGACGUAGAAGCCUUACAUUCCUGCGGUAUACCUUCGACAACGGCUUCGGAAUAUGAAACUGCAAUGAUGUCUAUCGACCAUUCUUCCUCUUCUAAGCAAACUUCUCAGGAGUAUCAUACAGCUGCCACUACAAUGAGCUCGCGUGAAUCCAUGAAAUCUUUAACUUCUUUGAGUUCAGGUCACCUCGGCAGUAUCGACAGUACCAGUGAAUUGUCAGAAACGCUGGUGGCCUCUGAAGCGGAUCCGGAUAAAGAGGAAGUAGAAGAGGACCUCGAUGGAGCCCUCGAUGAAGAACACACCGAACAGUCGGAUUCUUCGGGUAGUGACAUACCAAUUGAUGAACCAAUUGAUAACAUCUAUAGUCGCAUACCUUGUCGUAUGAAAAGAUCAUCUGAAAUGAUCUUUCCACAGGUCCUCGAAGAUGCUGCCCGUGAUGUUGAAUGCGCGAAGGAAGAGGCGGCAAAGGAAGUGAAGGGAGUUGAUUUUGCGACGUCCACGUCUACGAUGACACCAGGUACAUUACAAUCUGUAGAUAUAAUGACAUCGCGAGUUUUCGAAGAUGGUGUACAGAGUGUAUCUACUCAAGUGAUUUCGACUCAAGCAGCAGCAGAGGCAGAUUCGUCCAUGGAAAAAUUUGAAAGCCAAGCCUUCGACACGGAAACAGCUGAGAGGGACAUGGAGGAAGUGAUGUUGGACGUGCCAGUAACAGAGUCUGAUCUGUUAGAUCAAAAAGGUGCUGCGACAAGUGCUCUGAGCGAAAGUCCCGAGAUGUCCGUACAAACAUCUAUACCGUCAAUGAUGCAGCAAGCUAGUAUGUCAACAUCUUCGACAUCGGGUGUGUCUAUCGAUACGGUGAUAGGAAAAGAGAAAUCAGAUCGUCAUUCACCGGAUAGCGAUUCUUUCGAGAUGGUUGACAAACCUGACAUCAUCGACGACUUCGUAGUUGUAGAAGAGGUUGGUAAAGAAGCUGAAGAAUAUGAUUCAGAAGGUAAAAGUAUACGUAUUAGUACUAUACCGCAAGCAAUCAGCAAACAUUAUGAUCGGGACCUCGACAACUUAAUAACCGAAACCAAAGAAGAUUCGCAGGUAUCUACGAGUCAAGCAUCGAAGACUAAUGAGUUAUUCGAUUUUGAAUCAGAGGAGAGUCCACCUCAAGUGUCAAACGACGAUCAGUAUUCACAAUCCUAUUCGGAUGAGGAGCAAUACGAGGGAGGAAAAAAGUGGAUAGAAAUGCAAUUCCACGCAGAUUCUCGAGUUUACGAUAUUGAGUAUGAUCGAGGUCCCCUAGAGGAUAUAAAAGAAGAAGAAAUAACCGAUUUUGAAGCCGGUAGUAGUAGAUUUGGAAGUUUAGGUAGCCACAAGGAAUCGAUAGGAAGCGUGGGUAGCAUGCGCGGUAGCUUUGGAAGUACUCCAGAUUACGAUGUCUUAACAGGUAAAAAGUAUUUCACUAGACCAUCCGAUCACGAUAACGUGUCGUUAAGCUCUCUGCAAGAGUUCGAACACUUAGAGAGUGCUGUUGCUGCUGAGAAUUCUAAAAAAUUACAAUGUGGUUCGCAUGAUUCUGUUAAUAAUGGUAGUCUUCCAAGAAGGUACACGACAAGUCGAUCCGGCCAUGGUGACGAUAUCUCACUGUCUUCAUUGAAGGAUUUCGAGGGGCUGGAGAAAGCCUGUAGGGAAGCACACUUAAUCGAACUGCGUGCCAGAGAAGAAGAAGACUUAUUGGAACACGAAAGUCCCGAGAACAAGUACAAAUUGGAAAGUCUACCACGAACGAGGGUCGACACUGCUGGCUCGUUCAAUGCAAGUACGUCAGGGUCAGAUGAUUACGAGAAGAGAAUAAAGGAAAUAGACGAAAUCAUACGAAUAGCUCAGUCGAAUGUGGAGAAAUUCGAUCGACAAGAUGACACGACGGACGACAUUUCGCAAAUUGAAAUUACGGAUGCCGAGAAAGUGGUAGUACAAGCUGGUAUACAAACCGUUCCAAAACCAGAGGAAUCAGAGACUGUGCUGCCUCUUCAGAGGGAAAGCAACAUUAUGGAAACGAGCACGGAUUCCCUCGAGUUGGAAGAUAACAUGGAUAAAAAGCAUCACCCGUUAUGUCGAAGUUCUGAUUCGUUAGAAAUGAAAACCACGUUAGAUUUUCCUUCGUUAAGUUCUGAUUCGUUAAAUAAUGUACGAGAUGCAAAGGAAAUGCAGUCGGAUGUAGCAGAGCAUGCGAGCAGCGUUAGGCGUAUUUCUUCGGAUUCCCUUGAUAUGCCAUUGCUUGAACAACAAGAUGUUGAAAGUCACGAAAGACCAAGCAACGAAGACGAUCGGUCGGAUGGUGUCACGUCUGACAAUUCUUUAGAACAAAGAUCAGAAACAAGGGAAACCGAUAGAAGUGAUAAAAUGAGGACGACACCAAGUACUAAUACAUAGGAAUAUUUUCGUAGAUAGUGGACCAUCAAAAUGAAUUUGUUACAACAUUGGUUCUUAAGGCUACAACGAUGUAUUAUCGAACCAAUGCA